GCUUGCGAGCUCGCUUGGUAGUCAGUUUAAAUACGUUGUUAAUACCCCAGCAUGCCUGUUCCAGCAGUAAUAGCGGCCAUAGUCAUCGCAUCUUUUAUAGCGGAGUCAGCAAUCAUCGCGAAGGCUCUCAAGAACUUCUGGGAUUCAAGAGGCUCUACCGCUACAUCGCCUAGCACCAAUCCCGUAGAAACCACUGCUCGCAGGAACACAUACCGUCAUGUGCGCGUGGCUGGGGAAGAGGACAGGCAGGCUGCAUUCGAACUGGCGACAAUUGUCGCCUCAGAGGUCGAGGAGUGGAGGGGCGAGGUACACAGGAAUCCCUCCCCUCCCGACGCCUUCAACUCUCGCAUAUCCCUCACCAUCGACAGAUGGGAAGAACUCCUUGCACAGCGGCGUGCGAUGCAACAAAGACGCUCUGCUGCCGCGGUGUGUAGCAACAACGUGAACCCUACCGAUACCACCACCGUCAGACACACGGUUGACCGGGAGGGAGAGGAAGAAAACAAGCAGGCGAUACGUGAGCUGGAGGCGAUCAUAGCUCGCGAGGUGGAGGAAUGGAGGAACGAGGUGCACGGGAGUCUGAGCCGUGGGAACCUGUCAAACUCCGAGCGCAUGCCGAUGAGUGAACUCGAGGAAGAAGCGAUCCUUUCUCUGCAGUAUAAUCUUCUCUCACCAAUUGAUAUCCUCCGAGACCUUCCUCUCAAUGGCCCAGGAAUCACUGCCGCUCACUCUCCUGCGGCAUCCAUUUCCAACGGCAUCGUCAAUCCUAGUUCUGGCCCUAACGGCACCAUUUUGACUGGAAACCCCUCGAAUCUCAUAAUAGACAGAAAUGCCGACGCAGAUGUCAUUUUAGCAAGAGACCAGACCCCCGCACUCACGGACGACUCCCUCAUGCCCCACGACUCCAUUUCCAAUCGCCUCAGCCCUGUUCCAGGCGCCGUUCCUUCACCCCCAUCUGUGCCUACCACAUCAGACGGACGCUUGGUUACACCCCCGUCCGAUGCCAGUACGAUGCGCGCACCGACUACUAUGUCGUUGCAGCCCAUAUCGACCAUUGCGUCGCUUGACUUGAUGUUCUCCUCCUGGUGGGAGGCCGGGUUAAACCUCAGUGAACCGAUUUCGCCGCCUUUUCCACCUUCUCAGUCAAUGUCUACCCAGCCGUUGAGGUUGCAGUCAACCGAGACAGAGACGCAGGCGUCUUCCCACCCUAGUCCCCAGACUAAUGUUCAGGCUCCAAUAUCAGGAGUGGCAUCGUCGAACACCUUCACACCCAUCCCCCAGCACAUCCCGUUCUCCCCUCCUCAAGGAUCAAUGCACUCUCUGUUAGAGCGCUUUCAAGCAUUUUCAACAUCACCUCCUGCUGUCGUUACCCCACUGGGUCCUCACUCAGCCCGGUUCUCGCGCCCCGCAAGCUCGUUUGCCACGGCUUCUCCAUCGGUCUCCACUCAGUCCAUGCCUGCACCCCGGGGGAGUCGCGUACAGAGCGCCGCGUCUCCGGAGUAUGCUGAAAAGGCCAUGCUCUCUCCACUUACGGGCCUGACCGUCGGAUCGCUGUUCACGUCUUUGCCAUCCGCGAGCUCAGACGCGCGUUCUACGGCGCCUGUCGAGCGCUCAACGCCGGAAUCCGGAGCCGGGUCUGGCGCCUCCGCCAAAUCAAGUCCCGAGAGUCAGGUUGCUGCGCCCUCGGCUCGCGUACGCUCGGUCUCUGUGGGCUCAAAGCGUGUCCGAGUUCCUGUGGGAGUUGUCAACGGAUCCGCAGCGAUGUUCAUGGACCAUGGGCUCAACGGGGGUGCGCUUGGAAUGAACAACACUGGUGGUGAGGAACGUGUGGAUGAAUGGGCUGAGGCAAUGCAGUUGAUCAAUGCGCACCUGAUCAACUGAUGUUGUUUACCCCAGUCGAAACAUGGCGGAUUCUCCGGGAGUAGUUGUAAGCGCCAUGUCUCUCGGACUUACGCCACACUUCGCUCCUUGUCAAUCCUGCGUGUCAGCUUCUCUAUCGUUGUCAUAACAUCAGUGUCCUUUUUGUUUUUGUUUCUGCCUUCAUUUCUUUCUUGUCAUGAUCUUGCUUCACUCGAAGACUUCGUGCCAAUUCCUCCGGGCUGUAAUCUUACUC